AUGCCAGCGACACUACGCACUUCCGAAUUCCGCGAAGUCCUGAAAGAGAAGCAGGCUGCGUUGCCCGAAGCGAAGCGACGCACGACCCCGCCACGACGCGUUGCAGCAGAUGGGCAACGCGAAGGACAUGAUCUCUUCGGAAAAGAAUACUUGACCGACGCAUAUGCUGUCCUCAACCACAUCACUACGUUGACCCGGAUGCUUUCCUCGAUCCGGAAAGCGUACUUGAAUGUAGGCUCGCGCCAUUCCCCGCUGUCGCGGCAAAGCUCCCGGAAUAUAGAUCUAGGAGCGUCGGACCAAUCAUGGGCCAACGUUCGCCAUCUCAAUAAUGAGGAGAGAGACCAAAUAGACCUGCAAGCCAGAGUCAUUCUCUUCCGCUGCUCAGAGCGCGUGAAAGAAUUGGAGGCUGUGGAAAAACGUGAGGGGCGCACAGAGCUGGCAGCAAGCCGCCGAAAUCCUCUCAUUAGGCUACUGCCCGCACGACUACGGCAGGACGAAUCGACGGCGGCAUCAGACUUCAUCGCGGCCCACCAUGCGAGCAUCACAUGGUAUCUCAGCCGGAGACUGACGGAUGCCAGUCAGAUGCUGAAGGAGAUGCAAGAGGAGCGGAUGAAGCGGCAGUUGGAAAGGACGCGUACGCUUGGGUCGGGCGCUGCUCGCGAAGCAAUGUACAUGGACCUCUCCGAGUCCUUGCCGUCGCCAGCUGGAUCUUCCUCGAGUGGAAGCUGGCUCGGAGGCGCGUCGAAUUUCGCAUCGAGCUUCGCCGCGACAAUCGGCUCCCAGUCGAACGAUACUGCGAGCUCUACUUCCACACUGAAACCCGCCCCGAUACCCGAUGAGGAGCUGGAAGAGACGGACGAUGAGGAAAUAGAGUUGACCGCGUCUCAGAUUAUGCAAUUCGAGACGGAGAAUGCCAACAUUCUCCAAUCGGUGCAAGAUACCCUAGCCUCCGUACAGCAGGCGGAAUCACGGCUCAUGGAAAUUAAUGCCCUCCAAAUGGAGCUUGUCACCCAUCUGACAAGGCAGACGGAACAAACUGAGCAGCUAUACGAAGAUGCUAUAACAACGGCAGCGACUGUGGAGAAGGGGAAUGUACAGCUGAAGGAGGCGAAGCGCAGAGCGCGAGAUAGCAGGAAAUGGAUUCUUCUCUUUCUCAUUGGUGCUAGUCUAUCGUUAUUGUUCUUGCACUAUUACUGA